AUGACUCGGAACUCCUCCUUUGAAUCGCCGCCGUCGACUCGGCCGUUACAUCGCGAGAAGCGCCGAGUCGGCGAAGUCGCCGGCGGCGCGGCAGCGGAGUGCGCGGCGGUGUGCUGCUGCUGUCCCUGCAGCGUGAUGAAUCUGCUGAUACUGACGGUGUACAAGGUCCCAAAGGGGCUGUGCAGGAAGGCCUGGGCCAAUACCAAGAAGAAGCGGCGGUGCGUGGCUCAGAAGAAGGGGCUGCUGCAGCCCAGGCCGAAAGGGCUCGCCGGCGGCGCCCUCUUCAGAGAUGACAUGGACGCCAAUAGAGACGCCGACGCCGACGGCGAUGAGAAGAAGAGCGACGCGGAAUCGGAGGGCGCAGAUUUGCUGGAGAAGGAGAUGUGGGCCCGCUUUUACGGAGCCGGCUUUUGGAGAAGUGCUUCUCAGAGAGAAUUAUGA